AUGUCUCAGAUUAGGACGAAACUCGUGCAAGCAAUGUCAGCUGCUCAAUGUGAGUUAACAACCACCUAUCGCAAUCAAACGAUAUCCUUAAAUGGGAAAUGGGGGCUUGCCCUUUCGGUAAAUCCUUUAUCUUUUGACAAGAUGGUCCCGUGCACCAACUUUAUAUUUCUGGCAAGUCUAGAUGACUCAUCAUUUGACAUACCGAGAAAUUCCGAUGACAACAAUUGGUUUUAA